AUAAAGAAAGGAACAUGGCAUAUAGCCAUAUACCAUUGUCCAACUAUGCGUUCAAGAUACUCCUGUUACUGUCUUCAUCCUCCAUCCUCUUCAUGUUAGGGUUUUCAAAGUUGCAGUGAUUUCGCGCAUCAAACGAACUUCGAUUAAUGAGUUUUCAGUAACCAAGUCUGGAAGAAGAUCGCGAUUCCCCCAACGCUUCGUUACCCUAACUAGCGGAAUUGACAUCAUCUUCCGACAGAGUGGCAAUGGCUUAUGUGGAUGAGGAUGGUACUUCUGGCUCUGGUGAAGAUGUGCAUAUGUUGGAUGGACAUAAGCGUCACCCUGUUGUUGUGCCGUCUGGUUCCCGUGGCCGGAAGCAAAGCCGCAAGGCUAACGGCGAUGCCAUCGUGGAUGCCAUGCUGGAGAUUGCUGCUGCUUCAAAGAUGAGGGCCACUGCCAUUUUGAAGAACGAGGAUAGGUUCUCCAUAAGCAAGUGCAUUAAGGUGUUGGAUGAGUUACAAGGUGUUGAUGAGCGGCUCUACUUUCUUGCUUUGGAUUUGUUUGAGAACAACUCGUGUGCCUGUGAGAUUUUCAUCUCUCUCAAGGGUGAGAAGAGGUUGCCAUGGUUGCAGUGCAAGUUGAGUGUUUCCUCUGGUUGAGUUUGCUUGUGGAAAUGCUUGGAUUAUAUUGUACAGUCAAGUAGGUUGAAGAGGGGAUGUAUAUAGAUUUGAAAUUUUGAAUGCUAAAUCCCCAUUCCCAUAGUUUCAAAUUUAUUGCUGGGAUUGCUGUUUUAUGCAUGAUGGGAAAUUUUGAAAUGAUUUCCAAAACUAUAAAGCAGAUAUAUCAGAAUGACAUACAAUUUUCGCAACAUUCGUGUUCUUAAGUUUAUCUUUAUAGAUAUAUCAGGAUGGAUGGCAUUGACCUGCAAUUUCAUCAUAUGGAACUCACUCCAGCUUAUGUUGGCAAAUUACACAUUUGAGCUGAAGUUUAUGUAUCAUUUAGAGCAUGUUUGGGAA